UUUUAUCUUUCCAGUUGUUGUUAGAAAGAAAUCCCAAAUUCAUCUGUUUUUUUUUUCUUCUUUCUGUUUCUCCAUACACUGAUUUAAUUUACCAAGAGCAACCGUGAAAAACGAUGAUCUCGCGGCGGAUCUUGAGGAACCAUCGGUUUCUCCGCCUAUUCAGCUCAUCUUCUGUUUGCGCUCCGCCGUUUCGGGUACCGGAGUAUCAUUCUCACUCGUUCACCUCUCCGACGUCGCGCCCAUUCCUUGUUAACUCUCUCUCUUUGAUGAAAUGGUGUGGAGGAAGAAGAAGAAGCUGGUUUUCGAACGAAGCCAUGGCCAUAGAUUCAAAUGCAGGGUUGAUUGAUGUGCCACUGGCACAAACUGGGGAAGGUAUUGCUGAAUGUGAGCUACUCAAGUGGUUUGUGAAAGAGGGCGAUCCUGUUGAAGAGUUUCAGCCACUCUGUGAAGUUCAGAGCGAUAAAGCAACAAUAGAGAUAACGAGCCGUUUUAAGGGGAAAGUGGCUCUGAUUUCUCAUGCUCCAGGUGACAUUAUUAAGGUUGGAGAGACUCUGGUUACGCUAUCGGUUGAAGACGCUCAGGACGCUCUUCUAGUAACCUCUGAAAGUCCAGGAAAUGUAAAUCCGAGCGGUUCGAAGCAAAACACAGACAAUCUUGUUGGAGCUCUUUCAACGCCUGCUGUUCGUAACCUUGCAAAAGACCUUGGCAUUGACAUCAAUGUCGUUAUUGGAAGUGGUAAAGAUGGUAGAGUCUUGAAAGAGGAUGUUCUUAAAAUUGGUGGCCAGGAUGGUAAUGUAAUUGAUUCAGUUUCUUCUGAGAGUCAUGUUAAAGGAGGAAACUCCAUUUCCUCUAUAACGAGUAACAUUGAAGAUAGAACAAUUCCUCUAAGGGGAUUCAACCGAGCAAUGGUCAAGACAAUGACUAUGGCUACAAAGGUACCACAUUUUCAUUUCGUUGAGGAGAUAAACUGCGAUGCACUUGUGGAGCUCAAGCAAUUCUUCAAAGAGAACAAUACAGAUUCCACGGUCAAGCACACUUUCCUUCCUACCUUAAUCAAGUCGCUGUCAAUGGCUCUAAGCAAAUAUCCCUUUGUGAAUAGUUGCUUCAACGAGGAGUCUCUCGAGAUCGUCCUCAAAGGUUCACAUAACAUUGGAGUUGCAAUGGCUACUGAGCAUGGCCUUGUCGUACCUAAUAUAAAGAAUGUCCAGUCGUUAUCUCUACUAGAGAUAACCAAAGAGCUGUCUCGGUUACAACAUUUGGCAACAAACAACAAACUUAGCCCCGAGGAUGUAACUGGUGGAACCAUAACUCUGAGUAACAUUGGAGCAAUCGGUGGGAAAUUCGGGUCCCCGCUUCUAAACUUACCUGAAGUUGCCAUCAUUGCUCUUGGAAGAAUCGAGAAAGUUCCAAAAUUCUCAAAAGACGGAACUGUUUAUCCUGCAUCGAUAAUGAUGGUUAAUAUCGCUGCGGAUCACAGAGUUCUAGAUGGAGCAACGGUAGCUCGGUUUUGCUGCCAGUGGAAAGAGUAUAUUGAGAAACCAGAGUUGCUAAUGCUUCAAAUGAGAUAAAACAACAAGAAACAGAAAAUGUUUUCAUGUUUCUUUGUAAAUCUCCCUUUAAAGUCUUCUAGUUUUGGAAGCCUUUGUACUAAUAAAAAACUUGGAAUAAAAAAUAAUGAACAUUAAACGCAAAUUGUAUGAAUCUUUAUGUUCGAGUAAGACCUAGGCACCUA